AUGACGAUGACGACGACAACGACGCUGAGGAAGAUGACGCUGAGGAACGGCGGCGGCGGCGGAAAGACAAGAGGGAACAGAGAGGGCACAAACGGGUAUAUCCCUCUCUCUCUCGGCUCCCUCUUCCUCCCCCGUACACGCACACCUCUCGCCCUCGACGUCCUCUCCACGUCGCGCUCAACGGCCUAUCCCUCGACUCUACCCGCCCCCUUCUCUCGUCUGCUCAACCUCACCCACCUCCGACCCGCUCUCCCGUCCGACUCGCUCCCCCGUCCGACCCUCUCGACCCGAUCGCUCGCUGUGCUACCCUCCCCGCUCUCCUCGCACGACCUCAUGCCCACUGGCCCACUGGUCCACUGGCCGGCUCGCGCGCACCGUCCACAUCGCCUCGCGCAUCGCAUGGGUUGCCCGGACCUACGCUCGACUGACCCGCAUCUCCCGCUCGACGCCGCGCUCGCCUGCUCGCUCCAGCUCGACACCACCGCCGUCCACCACCCCGACACGUCCUCCGCCUCCUCCACCUUCCCUCUACCUCCUCCGCCUCCUCCGCUGUCGCCACCACCACCACCCACACCACCACUACCACCGCUUCCUCCACCUCACGCCGCUCCUCUGAGUUGUGGCGCACCAUGCCCAGCGCCGGCGGCCGAGACUGCACCGAGCUGCCCCAUCCGCAUCCGCAUCCUCGCGCACCGGCCGGUGCUAGCGACGACAUCAGGCUCGCAGUUGCCGCCUCGAACGACGCCGACUCGACGACGCCGACUCGACGACACCAACUUGACGACGCCGCCUCGACCCUACCGUCUCGACGCGGCCCUGUCCCGACCACGCUGCCGCCUCGAUGCUUCCGUCUCUAUCCCCACUCCCGACGACGACACCAGGUUCGCAGCCACCGCCUCCGGCGACCUCGACUCGACUCCGCCGCCUCGACUCUACCGCCUCGAUGCUACCCCCUCCACCGCCAGGCUCGACAACGCCGCCUCCACGUUGGGUCCCCACCACGCCGCCGCCUCCACCCUGCCGCCUCCACCGCCGGUCCCUUGCCUCGACAACGGCGCGUCGCCCGAGGUCUCCUCCAGCCUUCUCGAUCCUGCCAGCUCUUCACGCUGCCGCCUGCACGCCGUCUCUACACGCCAGGUCCCGACCACCUCACCGCCUGGACCUUGCCUCCCCGUGCACACCACCGACAUCGUCAACGGCGAGGCCUCGAGGGCCCUGCCUCCUCGCCAACACGGCGUCGCCGCCUUCCCCUCGCCGCCUUCUCCUCGCUUCCAACGGUGGCUCCCCGAGGACGCGGUGUUGCCCGGUGUCUCCCUCGUCGCCGUCUCUACCACAUGUGGGGCCGCCAACACAGGGGUCUGGCAGGGCCCUGAUGUGGCGUCCGCCGGGCGCGGACCCCUCCUGAUGCUGUCUCCGACCACGCGCGGCGUCGACGGCCACCGGCCCGCCCCGAUGAGGCCGCCCAGAACGACCAGAGAUUCGACGAAUGGCUCCUCCAGUCCCAGCCCCGACGACGACGACGGCCACGAGGCUGCCUCCUGA